CCUGGUUGACAUAUUACUACCAUCACCCUGCGAUGAACAACGAAUCCAAAGAUCUUGCUCACGCUCUCGUCGAGUUGCUGGCAAAGAAACCCUCGACAUCACGCCUGCUGGUUGGAAUAUCUGGGAUCCCAGCAUCUGGGAAGACAACAUUUGCAGAUCUGUUGCUUAAACACAUAACUGACUUGCUGCUGAGAUCUGAACCUCCGACUCACGAUCGCGCGAUUGUCGUUGGAUUGGACGGAUGGCAUCUCACUCGGGCUCAAUUGGAGGAAUUUCCGAAUCCCCAAGUUGCCAGAGAUAGACGUGGAAUUCAUUGGACGUUUGACUCGGUUGCUUAUCUGCAAUUUCUUCGAACCUUGCGGGACGACAUAACCCCCUCAACCCCAACCAUAAAAGCCCCCUCAUUCGACCACGCUACAAAGGAUCCUACCCCAAAUGCAAUUUCAGUUCAUCCAUACCAUCGUAUUGUUAUCGUCGAAGGCCUUUACACAACCAUCAACGUCGAAUCAUGGGGAGAAGCAGCACGUCUAUUGGAUGAACGAAUCUUUCUUGAUCUCAGUGUCGAAGAUGCCCAGCGGAGAUUGGUCAAGAGGCACGUCAAGAGCGGCGUCACGAAGAACGAGAAAGAGGCUGUUUGGAGAGCAGAGAAUAACGAUAUGCCCAAUGGUCGCUUCGUCGUCGCAAACAUGCUGAAGCCAACGAGGGUGAUAAAGAGUAUUAAUGACCCGGUUCUUAGUCGUAGUAACAAGCGAUAGAAAGAAAUUUGAUACAUUGAUUUUAAAUCCGACGGUACCUGCUUCAAGUUACGUCUCAGCAUUUUUACGUCAACGGCGAUUAGUAGUCCCAGUCCUUCGACUGAUGGUUGGCGCUGAUCCUAUCCCCUCAAUUCCUCUCUAGAACUCACUGAACUUCUGACGGAACUUGAUCCACCUCCUGCAAUGAGCCGUUAAGCUCGCGUGAAGCGGUCGACGAACUCCACUCAACGAGGCCAACUACAGCGGCAAAUUCAGCCACCGUCAGAGCCCGGAGUGCUGGAAGCAUGAUCCAGUCGAGUAAAACCUCUCCAGCAGAUUCCAAAACCAAACAGUGUCGCUCGGCAUUUAUAACGAGCUACGACCAGGGAAGUGCAAGUUCAUGGAACUCGUCAGGCUUGAUAGCGUGACCAAGAUCUUAAGAACGAGUUUUGUUAACUUUGGUGCAUUGCAGGUCAUAUACCCCCGGUUUGAACGUAUCGCGGGCAAAAUGGAGAGUAGUCCAGAGGCGAGGAAGAGCCAACCACAAGUCCGCCAUUGAUGGCAAACCUGGCCUAAUGCACAUGGGCGCUUUGGUGGUAUCCAGAGUCCCUAUAUGAUUGCGCGAAUCUCGCAAUCCAGUUUCUGGACAAUGGUCUUGCGCGGAAAGUCUGCAGAAGCGGAAGAUUUCGGCCAGUAUGUCGUACGGGGGACGACGGAUAGGGUACAUGACCGACUAUUAUGCAAACGGGAUUUUAGAUGCCCUACUAUAUUGACUGAAUCCUUCUAGCCCAGCGAUGUAUUUCGCUGUCGAGAAAAUCACCUUCUAGCAGUCCAGGCAGGAUUGAUUUAUUCAAGAAUCCUUUCCCACUCCCCACCACUUCAUUCAUCCUAGACAAUCUGCACACACUGGGUAGGAGACCCACUGCAGCCGGUGUAAAUUCAUGUUUUCAGGCAGUAUGGCAAAUUGCGGC